AUGCCGCGUCGCGCUUGUGUCAUUAUCCGGGGCCGGAAGUGUGUCGUCUCGCAAGGCGGAAAGGACUGCUUCGGUGAGCUCUUUCUGUGAGGAAUCCACUCUCCGCUCGGCUCAGGACUUAGGCGCGCGGAGCGAACCGGGCGCGGACUUAGGCGCGCGGAGUGAGCCGGGCGCCCCGGCCCAGGACUUAGGCGCGCGAAGCGAGCCUGGGACUUAGGCGCGCGGAGCGAGCCUGGGCCAUUGGCUCAGCCCCAGGCUCGCUGGCUGUGGACUUGGGGCGCGCGGGUCUCUUAUUGUUAGCUUCCUAUUCAUCACUCUUGGCUAUAACUACAUCGCUGACGUAGUAGAGUUGAUCGAAUAGGUAUGUUGAAAUGCAUUCAUCACUCUUGGCUAUAACUACAUCGCUGACGUAGUAGAGGUUGAUCGAAUAGGUUAUAAGCCCACGAGCUACCAGCCCCGCCGCUUGAGGCUUUUUCGCUCGAGCCCAGCCACUCGAGCCGCACACGUCCAUCGCACCAUCACAUCAUGGACAGCUCUCCCGCCUCGCCUUUGGCCCCCAGGGAUCCCAGCUCCCCUGAAUCUUCGAUCGGCGAACAAAUCGCCACUCUACAGGCCCAGCUUGCCGCUCUGCAGGCCUCGCAACCCGCCGCCGCCGCAGCCGCGCACCCCCGGCCGUCACCGUCGUGCCGGGGAACGCCGCCACCGCAUCCAAGGUCGUGUUUCCCAAGCACGCUCGUCUGGACGGCCCCAAGUCGUUCACCAACUGGUUGCGUCAACUCCGUCUUGCACUCCCGAACCAGGUCGUGGUUACGUUCUCGACGGUGUCGUUCCCCCGACCUGGACCGCCGACCAGCUUGCCGCACGUGACGACGCGCCCGGGAAAUCAUCGUUGGCUCUAUCGACUCCGCCGACGUAUCGGCCACCCUCGACGCCAUCCCCAGCGACGACCUGUCGGCACCGCGCAUCUUUGCCGCUCUCAAGGCUCGUUUUGCACCGGACGACGCUACACGCACUCUCGAGUUGUUCGCUCGCCUUUGGGACUUCAGGAAGAUGCCUGCCUCCGUCGAGGCCUACGACACUUGGCUACGCGAGUACAUGUCGAUUGCUCAGGAAAUACGCGACGCCAAAACAUCGCUCAACGACGUGCUCGCCACCCACGUGCUCGCCAUGGUCCCGUCUUGCCUCGACAGCUUCCGACUCACGUUCACGGACGAGCAGCGAAACCGACGCGACCUUCCCGAACUCACGACGCUUACGGACCGCAUUCGCAUCCAGCUUCGUUCGGCAGGACUCUCGACCUCGCAUUCGGCCAUGCUUGCCACCAGCUCCCCCUGCCCCGCCUGCCGCGCUCCGGUCACCGCCUGCGCGACUGCACUUCACGUGCGAAGCACCCGCCCACCGCCCCUGCCGCCGAUGCCACAAGAAAGGUCACUGGGCACUCGACUGCAAGAACCGGGGUGAACAGGCACGUAGCAGCGACGACACCCAGGACGACACGUCUUCCUCCGCGGCCUCGCAACCGAACGUCGGCUAUUUCGCCUCCUGCCUCUUCGCUCGUCGCCAACUCCCAACUGACGCCUUUGUAGUCGAUUCGGGUGCCACGACACACAUGGUCGCCGACCGAUCUCUAUUCACGACUUAUCGUCAGACGGCACACACCAAGAUCGGCGGCAUCGCGGGCGGCAUCACGGCUAUCGGCAUGGGGGACGUGGCAUUCGUCGCCAAGACUGGACACCCGAUCACGCUCCGUGGUGUUCUUCACACGCCUGGCCUACACGUCAACCUCCUCUCUGUCUCUCGCCUCUGCGACACCGACCGCGUUCGUCUCGCCUUCACCAGCGACGGCAUCGACAUCGCCAAGGACGGCCGGGCCAUUGCUCACGGUACCAGGGUCAACGACGGUCUUUACCUUUUGGACGCGGAUCACACCAAGUGUCAGCAUCUUGCCUUCCUCUCACGCUCUGAGUCUCCCGUGCCCCUGCUUACCCUACACCGCUGCCUCGGCCAUCUUGCCCCAUCCUCUAUACAGAAGAUGAUUGCUGCAGGUUUGCUGGACGGGUUUGGGGCCGGGUACAGUGACAAAGACGUAGAGGAGUUUGUUUGCAAUGCUUGCCUUGGUUCCAAAGGUCACCGCCUUCCCUUUCCCGACUCUGAGUCGCAUUCCGCCGAGAGACUUGGCCUCGUGCACAGCGACGUCCUGUCGUUCCCCACUCCGUCCUUGACCGGGAAGCGCUACCUUGUCACGUUUCUAGACGACCACUCUCGCAAACUCUGGGCAUAUGCGAUCGAUCACAAAAGCGAUGUUUUCCCGACCUUCCAGACUUGGCUCGCCGAAGUGGAGUUAGAGACGAACGCGCGGUUGAGGAUCCUUCGAACCGACAAUGGCGGGGAGUACCGAUCAAACGCAUUCACGGAGUUCUGCAAAUCCAAGGGCAUUCGUCGUCAAUACUCUAUCCCUUACACGCCUCAACAAAACGGUCGCGCCGAACGUGUCAACCUCUCCAUCGUCGAGGGCGUCCUCGCUCUCCUUGCGGACGCCCGUCUGCCGGCCACCUUUUGGGAUGAAGCGGCUGCGUAUUUCGUUUAUUGCAAAAACAGGUGCUCACACUCAGCUUUGGCCAAACAGACUCCAGAAUCCGUUUGGAACGGCCAACGCACCACCGCCACCGCCCUCCACCCGUUCGGCUGCACAGCCUGGCUCACGGUCGCCCCGGACCUUCGCAGCAAGCUCGACCCCAAGGCCGCGCGCGUGAUCUUCACAGGUUACGACCUCGCCUCCAAAGCUUUCCGUUUCUUUGACCAUUCCAUCAACAAGAUUGUACUUGGUCGCAAUGCCACCUUCCUCGACGACGACUUCCCCGGCCUGCCAGUCACCACGCCCGUCGAUGCAGACGACACCGACCGUCAGUUCGUCGUUCCCGCCGACACGCCCGCCCCUGCCGUCAAGACGAGGACCCCACUAGUAAGGUCGGCGCACAUGGACGUCUCAUCCUCCCUUGAUGAUUCUGCCAUGAGCGCCGUUGACGUGGCCCCAGGGUACACUGGCGGAACCUUACUUAAUUCCACAGAUACCGAAUCGUCCUCGUCACCGUCUCCUGAGCCGUCCUCGUCACCGUCGCCCACAAACCCUUUGUCACCGUCGCCUGCGCUGUCACCGUCGUUGGCAGCGUCAUCGUCACCCUCGGUCUCACCGACCGACUCUGACUACUCCGCCGACCCUCUGGACCUCAUCGGCUCACAGACCCCGACUCGCCUUGGCCCACCGGACGUGCACCGCCCAGACUUCAGCACGUACCGUGAGCCCGCAUCGGCUGAGGAGUCGCCCGACGAACUCGACAUCAUUGGGCGUCACUCGCGCGAUGAAUCGCCGGAUGAAAUCGAUUUCCUCACCCAACAACACCGCGCCUUCAUCGCCACAGACGACGACGACCCCACCCUCGACGCCAUCGAGCCCGUCAAAUCGAUCACUAGCGACCCCCAGACCUGGCGCGAAGCAAUGUCCAGCGACGAGCACAACAUCUGGGCUGAGGCCGCCGCCGCCGAGUUCACCGCCAUGCGCGACGACUUCAAGGUGUUCACCAUCGAGCCUCGCUCAUCUGUACCGCCGGGCGCCACCAUCGUCACCUCCAAAUUCGUCUGGAAGACCAAGCGCAACGCAAGCGGUGAAGUCACGGGGCGGAAGGCACGUCUUGUAGCGCAGGGUAACCGACAGCGCGACGGCAUCGACUUCUCAGAAACCUUCGCACCCGUCGCCCGUUUCUCCUCCAUUCGCUGCCUCCUGGCUCUUGCCGCUGCCAAUGGCUACCACGUUCAUCAGGCCGACAUCGACAAGGCUUACCUCCACGGCGAGCUCGAUCAUGAUAUCUGGAUGACGACACCACGCGGUUUCGACUUCCCGAGCGAUAAGGUUCUCCGGCUGCGACGCUCAAUCUACGGUCUCAAGCAGGCCGGUCGCAUCUGGAAUCGUCACAUUGACACAUCACUCAGGAAUCUGGGGUACAAGGCAACAGGCACUGAUCACUGCAUUUACUCUCGCAUUGACGAUCAGCAGCGGCCUCACUAUAUCGCCUUGUAUGUCGACGACCUCCUCAUUGUCAGUCCAGCCCUCGACGAGAUCGAACGUGUCAUCUCCGGCCUUGAACAGCGGUACGGCGUCAAACGACUCGGCCCCGCGGAGUACAUCCUCGGAAUCCAAAUACGCCGCCUGGACGACGGUUCCAUUGCUCUAUCCCAGGAGCGCUACAUCAUGGACGUGCUGGCCCGUUUCCACUUCGACACCACGACACGCGGCACUACGGUGCCGAUGACGCCCGGCCUCUCGCUCACGGCAAUUCCGGGUCAGGGAACGGAGCGCAUUCGUUCGUGGUACCUACAGGCCAUCGGCUCCCUCCUCUACAUCUCCCUUGGCACUCGACCCGACAUUGCCUUCGCCGUCUCGUACCUGUCCCGGUUCGCCAACAACCCCGGCCGCCGCCAUUGGAUUGCCGUCAAACACGUCCUUCGCUACCUUCGCGCCACGUACCGCGAUGAGCUUCUCUAUGCCCGCGGCCCAGCAAAAGUCACGGGUGUGGUUGGUUAUUCUGAUGCGAACUGGGGCGCCUGCGUCGACACAUCCAUUUCAACGAUGGGCUACGUAUUUUACUUGGCAGGCGCCGCUGUCUCUUGGUCGUCGAAGCGUCAGACUCGGGUAGCGGAUUCCACCACUGAUGCCGAGUACCUGGCCUUGUCGCACGCGGGUAAGGAAGCGAUCUACCUUAACCAACUCCUCUCCGAGCUCCACGUUUGCCCAAUCGCUGUGAAGAGUCCACUCUCAGCUCGACAGGGGCGCCUCGGUCGUUGCGCGCACUUGCUAGCCCGCCCCCGGCGGUGGGGACUUAGACGCGCGCGACUGCCUCAGCGCGCCAGCGCCGGCGGAUUCAUGCGCGCGCCCGCUAGCCCGCCCCUUGCGGUGGGGACUUAGGCGCGCCGGCGAUUUCACCCGCGGCUGACUUAGGGAUGUACAUUGUCACGCGCCUGGGACUAUCCCAGCGUGGCCCCCCCCUUUCUGUUUCUUAGCUUCCUUCUCAUCACUUCUGUUCGACUCUCAACCUCUCCUGACAGUAGUGGUGAACGUCUCAUAGGUUAUAAGCCCACGAGCCACCAGCUGGCAUGACCACGACACCACCCUCGCGACGGGUGCCAACCCUCCGAUUCCCGCCGAACAGCUCGCCGCACUUACAUCGCUGCUGUCGGGUCUCACCGCUGCCGCUUCCGGCACUGCCACACCCGCCACGACGUCCGGCACCACUCGCACUGCCUUUCCAAAGCACGCACGCUUGGAUGGUGCGAAGACCUUCGCGAACUGGACACGCCAACUUCGCCUGUGCCUAGCGGACGACAUCCGCUCGUACGUCCUCGACGGUAUCGCACCCGACGACUGGACACCUUCGCAACGCUCCGCUCGCGACGCCGUCGCUCGUGAGGUCCUUGCGAAUUCGAUUGACUCGGCCGAAGUCUCGGCAGUCCUCGACAAAAUCCCUACCGCCGACCUGACAGCGCCGACAAUCUACUCGACGCUGAAAUCGCGGUACGCCCCUGACGACGCCACCCGCACGCUCGAGCUCUUCUCACGACUCUGGGGUUUCCGUCCCAUGCCCGGCACGGUUGCCGAAUUCGACGGGUGGAUCAUGGACUUCAAAGCCGUUGCGCAAGAGAUCAUCGACACAAAGACAACUAUCAAUGAUGUUCUCGCCACACUCCUCCUUGCAAUCGCCCACCCGUCCCUCGAGAGCUUCAAGGCGUCGUUCACCGAUGAACAGCGCACGCAACGAACUCUCCCCGACAUUGAUUCGCUUGCCGACCGUAUGCGAGUCCAACUUCGGUCAACGAACAUCCCCAGCACUCAAUCGGCCCUUCUUGCCUCGUCGUCGUCACGUUCUACUCGUCUCAAGUGUCUCGCCUGUCGCAGCCCUUCGCACCGAGUCGCGGAGUGCCCUACGAGGGCGCAACACCCGCCGCCAGGACCCUGUCGCUCCUGCAAGAAGAAGGAUCACUGGUCUCUCGACUGCAAGAAGGCGCUCGAGGACGGCAAAAAGCCCGACACCGCUGACUCGACCGUCGACUCGCAACACCAUGUCGGAUGUCUCGCCACCGGUCUUCUCGCUCGUCGUCGCCAGCUUCGCAACCACUCUUUUGUCGUCGACUCGGGCGCCACUUCGCACAUGGUCUCGGACAAGUCGCUGUUCACGACCUAUCGCCAUAUCGCUCCUACGAAGAUUGGUGGUAUUGCAGGGGGCAUCAACGCCAUCGGAACGGGAAACAUCGCCUUCAUUGCCGCCUCGGGUCAUCCGAUCACGCUUACCGGCGUGCUGCACACUCCGGGCCUGUUUGUCAAUCUUCUCUCGGUCUCUCGACUUUGCGACACCGACGAUGUCCGUGUCGCCUUCACAAAACACGGCAUCCACAUUGACAAGGACGGCAACGACAUCGCUGAAGGCGCACGACUCGACGAAGGGCUCUACUUGCUGGACGCUGAUCAUUCCAAAUGUCAGCACCUUGCUCUCCUUUCUCGCUCACAGUCGUCCGUGCCCCUGCUGACUCUCCAUCGCUGCCUCGGCCAUCUCGCACCGUCCUCCAUACAGAAGAUGGUUGCCGCUGGUUUGCUGGAGGGUCUCAGGGCCGGAUAUAGUGACGAAGAGGUAGAGAAGUUUGUCUGCAAUGCUUGCCUCAGCGCAAAGGGCCAUCGUCUUCCCUUUCCCGAUUCGGAUUCGCACUCCUCAGAGAGACUCGGCCUUGUACACAGCGAUGUGCUUUCCUUCCCCGAGCGGUCCUUGACUGGCAAACGUUACCUGGUCACAUUCCUUGACGAUUACUCGCGCAAACUCUGGGCCUACGCAAUCGGACACAAAAGCGAAGUCUUCGGCAUAUUCAAAACUUGGCUAGCCGAGGUUGAACUCGAGACGGGUGCGACGCUGAAGGUCCUCCGAACCGACAACGGUGGCGAAUACUGUUCGAGAGCGUUCACAGAGUUCUGCAAGACACGAGGCACCCGUCGACAAUACUCUAUCCCACGCACGCCUCAACAGAACGGUCGUGCAGAGCGGGUCAAUCGUUCCAUUGUCGAAGGCGUCCUUGCCCUCCUUGUCGACGCCCACCUACCCAAGACAUUCUGGGAGGAGGCUGCAGCUUAUUUCGUUUACUGCAAGAACCUGUGUCAACACGCGGCCCUGGACAAGGCAACACCAAACUCCGUCUGGCAGGGUGACCACACCACUGCCUCGGCGCUUCACCCGUUCGGCUGUACAGCUUGGCUUACGGUCGCGCCCGAACUUCGCUCCAAACUCGACCCGAAGGCGGUUCGCGUUUUUUUCACCGGCUACGACCUGGCUUCAAAAGCCUUUCGCUUCUACGACACUACAACACAGAAGAUUAUACUUGGCAGAAAUGCCACGUUCCUCGACACUGAAUUCCCCGGAUUACAUGGCGACCCCACUGAGCAAGACGGCGACACGCACUUCGCCAGCGCUCCCACCACCGAAUCUCAAACCGUUGUCAAGACAUGGACCCCACUAGUAAGGUCGGCGCACAUGGACGUCUCAUCCCCCUUGAUGAUUCUGCCAUGAGCGCCGUUGACGUGGCCCCAGGGUACACUGGCGGAACCUUACUUAACUUCACAGAUGCCGAAUCGUCCUCGUCACCGUCGCCUGCGUCGCCCUCAUCACCGUCGUCUGCGCCAUCGCCUGCACUUUCACCAUCGUCGGCUGCGUCAUCGUCACCCUCGGCCUUACCGACCGACUCUGAAGACUCCGCCGAUCCCCUCGACCUCCUCGGCUCACAGCCCCAGGUUCGCCUCGAUCUACAGGACGUGCACCACCCAGACUUCAGCACGUACCGCGAGCCCGCAUCGGCUGAGGAGUCGCCCGACGAACUCGACCUCAUUGGGCGCCACUCUCGCGACGAAUCUCCGGACGAAAUCGAUUUCCUCACCCGACACCACCGCGCCUUCAUCGCCAUCGACGACGACACCUCUGACACAGAGGCAAUUCAGCCAGUCAAGUCCAUCACGAGCGACCCACAGACCUGGCGCGAGGCGAUGUCUAGCGACAAGCGUGAAGUAUGGGCCAAAGCCGCCACCGACGAGUUCACCUCCAUGCGCGACGACUUCAAGGUCUUCACCAUCGAGGACCGAGCCACGGUGCCCGCGGGUGCGACUAUCGUUACAUCCAAGUUCGUCUGGAAAACGAAACGGAACGCACUCGGCGAAGUCACUGGACACAAGGCAAGGCUGGUCGCGCAAGGCAAUCGGCAACGCGACGGCAUCGACUUCAACGAAACGUUCGCACCGGUCGCACGCUUCUCCUCGAUACGCUCACUCCUCGCGCUGGCGGCCGCCAACGGCUUGCACGUGCACCAGGCGGACAUCGACAAAGCAUAUCUGCAUGGCGACCUUGACCACGACAUCUGGAUGACGGCACCGCGCGGCUUCGACCUUCCCAGCGACAAGGUGCUUCGCCUGCGACGCUCCAUCUACGGGCUCAAACAGGCUGGCCGAAUCUGGAAUCGACACAUCGACGCUUCGCUUCGGGCCCUCGGUUACACGGCGACGGGCACCGACCACUGCGUAUACUCUUGGCUCGAUGAUCGUCAAUGUCCACACUACAUCGCACUGUACGUCGACGACCUCCUGAUGAUCAGCCCGGAACUGGCCGAAAUCGAACGUGUCAUCUCAGGCCUGGACCAACGCUACGGAGUCAAGCGCCUCGGCCCGGCCGAGUAUAUCCUCGGCAUCCAGAUCAGGCGGUUCGACGACGGCUCUAUCGCCCUAUCCCAGGAACGGUACAUCAUGGACGUGCUCGCUCGGUUCCACUUCGACACCACGACUCGCGGCACUACAGUUCCGAUGACUCCCGGCCUUUCGCUCACUGCUAUCCCGGGUCAAGGCACCGAACGGAUCAGGUCAUGGUAUCUGCAGGCUAUCGGCUCGCUCCUCUACAUUUCGCUCGGUACCCGCCCUGACAUCGCCUUCGCCGUGUCCUACCUGGCCCGCUUCGCCAACAACCCCGGUCGUCGUCAUUGGAUUGCGGUCAAGCACAUCCUACGCUAUCUCCGGGCCACGUAUCGCAACGAACUCGUGUAUGCUCGCGGCCAGGCUCGCAUCACGGGUGUGGUAGGCUACUCCGACGCGAACUGGGGGGCCUGCAUCGACACAUCGGUGUCCACCAUGGGCUACGUCUUCUACAUCGCUGGCUCGGCCGUGUCCUGGUCGUCCAAACGCCAGUCUCGAGUUGCCGAUUCGACCACCGACGCUGAAUACCUCGCCCUCUCGCAUGCUGGCAAGGAAGGGAUUUACCUCAGUCAGCUGCUCGAAGAGCUCCAUGUACAACCUGUUGCACCGGCUCACAUCUUUACUGACAACGAAGCCGCUGCUGCAGUUGCUCACGAUCCUGUCCGCGUCUCUGGCACUCGGCACAUACGCUUGCGUGAGCACUUCGUUCGGGACAUGGUGAAUCGGGGCGACAUCUCUCUCUCGCAUGUGGGUACCAGCGACAUGGUGGCCGACAUCUUCACCAAGGCUCUCGGCCCAAAGGUCUUCUCAACGCACUGCUACGCCCUCGGCCUUCGCACUCGACACCCGCGGCUUGGGUCUGCCUCGCAUUCGCGUGGGGGGGGGUGUGAAGAGUCCACUCUCAGCUCGACAGGGGCGCCUCGGUCGUUGCGCGCACUUGCUAGCCCGCCCCCGGCGGUGGGGACUUAGACGCGCGCGACUGCCUCAGCGCGCCAGCGCCGGCGGAUUCAUGCGCGCGCCCGCUAGCCCGCCCCCUUGCGGUGGGGACUUAGGCGCGCCGGCGAUUUCACCCGCGGCUGACUUAGGGAUGUACAUUGUCACGCGCCUGGGACUAUCCCAGCGUGGCCCCCCCCUUUCUGUUUCUUAGCUUCCUUCUCAUCACUUCUGUUCGACUCUCAACCUCUCCUGACAGUAGUGGUGAACGUCUCAUAAUCGCUGCAGCUCACAUCUUCACCGACAACGAGGCCGCGGCCGCCGUCGCUCACGACCCCGUUCGCACCUCCGGCACCCGGCACAUUCGCCUCCGCGAGCAUUUUGUCCGUGACAUGGUCAAUCGAGGUGAUAUCUCUCUCUCACACGUUGGCACAGCAGACAUGGUUGCGGACGUAUUCACCAAAGCGCUAGGCCCCAAGAUUUUUGGUACACAUUGCUAUGCUCUAGGCCUCCGGACGCGACAUCCACGGCUCAAGUCUACCUCGCGUUCGCGUGGGGGGGGUGUGAGGAAUCCACUCUCCGCUCGGCUCAGGACUUAGGCGCGCGGAGCGAACCGGGCGCGGACUUAGGCGCGCGGAGUGAGCCGGGCGCCCCGGCCCAGGACUUAGGCGCGCGAAGCGAGCCUGGGACUUAGGCGCGCGGAGCGAGCCUGGGCCAUUGGCUCAGCCCCAGGCUCGCUGGCUGUGGACUUGGGGCGCGCGGGUCUCUUAUUGUUAGCUUCCUAUUCAUCACUCUUGGCUAUAACUACAUCGCUGACGUAGUAGAGUUGAUCGAAUAGGUAUGUUGAAAUGCAUUCAUCACUCUUGGCUAUAACUACAUCGCUGACGUAGUAGAGUUGAUCGAAUACUUUCCAGAUUCUUGUGCCGUCGGGUGUGUCUCUCUUGGCGUCCGCUGUGCCCCUGAUCGACAUCGACGAACCCGACCGACCUGUCGAGCCCGCCAUUGUACGCGCCCGCAACGUCAUCGCGUGGACGCUACCUUCUGGAAGGGUUUUGCGAUGUUUGAUCGACUCGGGAUCAGAGGUCGACUUGGUGGAUCAGGAGGUGGUGCGAGUCGACCCGAGCUUCGCAACGGCCCGUUUGACUGCGCCGUUGCAUUUGCGCCUCGGCACCCAGGAUAAGUCCGACCGAUGUGCUGUGUUCGCCACCGCUCCUUUUUCGUCUGGUGCCCUAGAUCUCGGUUUGCGACCAUUCUUCGUUUGCCGGGUAACGGCGUACGACGCCAUCUUGGGGCUGCCAUUUCUUAAGGACACAGGCAUGCUCGUUGGUUGGGGCGCCUUCACCGUCGCGCGCACCGGCCCUUCGCAACCCGUCGCCCAGGAUACGCACGAAUGGGACCGAGCCGUCACCGUAGCACCUAUCUUAUCUGGUUCUGCCAUUGGCUGCAAUCACCCUGGGUUGCUCCCCGACGACGAGAUCAUCGGCCUCGAGCCACACAACCCGCUGCUUGAUGUCGUCGACGAUCCGGCGCUCGACGAUUUCUCUGAGUCCGAAGCACGAACACGAUUGGCUGCCUUACUCGAGAAAUUUUCUGAUGUGUUCGUAGAUUCGCUACCGAUGGACCAACUCCCACCGUACCGGCCAGUCAACCACGAGAUCCCGUUGAUCGAUCCCACCGAAAAGGUCAAACCCCGGGUAUACCUGUGAGGAAUCCACUCUCCGCUCGGCUCAGGACUUAGGCGCGCGGAGCGAACCGGGCGCGGACUUAGGCGCGCGGAGUGAGCCGGGCGCCCCGGCCCAGGACUUAGGCGCGCGAAGCGAGCCUGGGACUUAGGCGCGCGGAGCGAGCCUGGGCCAUUGGCUCAGCCCCAGGCUCGCUGGCUGUGGACUUGGGGCGCGCGGGUCUCUUAUUGUUAGCUUCCUAUUCAUCACUCUUGGCUAUAACUACAUCGCUGACGUAGUAGAGUUGAUCGAAUAAUACCCCCUUGCCGACAAAUAUCGCAGCCAGUGGGCGGAACACUCAGCUAAGUACACUCGUGGUCGAUUCUGGGUUUCGGGUCCGAUCGAUUCUGCGGCUCCGGUCUUUGCCAUUCCGAAGAAGAACUCCCAGACGGCUCGUUUCGUGAUCGACCUCCGCGCGCGCAACAGCAACACCGUCAAGCGUUUUUCGCCCAUCCCGGACAUGACCAAUGUUCGAUACGAGGUGGCUCGAUCGCGUUAUCGCUCUAAAUUCGACGUGGCCGCGGCAUUUGAGCAGGUUCGGGUCAUACCGGAGCACGUCGAUCGCACCGGCUUCGCAACGGUGACGGGCACGUACACGUCGCGGGUCAUGCAGUUUGGUGACACCAAUGCGCCCAAUACCCUCAACCUCUUAACCUCGGCGAUGUUCCAGCCGUGUCUCCCGUUCGCCAAGAUCUUUUUCGACGAUGUCCACGUCCAUUCCGAUACCCGUCGCGCGCACUUGAGACACAUCAAGAUCCUGCUGAUGACAUUGAGACAUUACCGGUUCUACUUAGGAUCCAAGAAGUCCGAGUGGUUCUCAAAGUCGUUGGACUCCUUGGGCACCAUCAUUUCCGACGUCGGCAUCGAAGUCGACCCCGCCAAGUGGGUGCGUAUCCGUCAGUGGCCGAUCCCGUGCAACAAGACCGAUGUCCAGCGCUUCCUCGGCACCGUCAACUGGAUGCGAGAUCACCUACCGCACCUCUCAAAGAUUUUGGAGCCGAUCACCGCGUUAAUGGCGCAAUCGACGUCAUGGCGUUGGAACGAGCGAGAACAGCAGGCUUUCGAUACCGUCAAGUCCCUUGUGCCCGCCAUCCUACGACCGAUCGAUGGCGCCAAGGUUACCUCGGGCGAGCACAAGAUGUACCUCUUCACGGAUGCCAGUCGGGUUGGCAUUGGCGCUUGUUUGGCGUCCGGGCCCAACCGUUCGCAGGCCGUUCCAACGCGAUUCUUUUCCGCUAAGUUCAACGGUGCUCAGCUCAACUAUCAUGUCACUGAUAAAGAGUUCUUGGCUGUCGUCUCGGCGUGUCGGGCGUUCGAGCAGCACUUGAUCGGUUACCCCUUCGUCAUCGUCACCGACCAUCAGGCCCUUCGCACGAUAAAAACCCAAAAACUGCGCCAAACGCCUCGGCACAUCCGCAUGUGUCUCGAACUUAGCCGUUUCGACUUCGAAUUUGAAUUCAUUGCUGGCAAGAACAACACCCUGGCCGAUUCGUUGUCGCGUCUGUGGGAGGUCAAGGAGGGAUCGCACGAGGAUCAGGUCAAGGAGAAUGAGUUGGAGGACAUGUUCUUUGAUGGAGAACGCCACGAAUUCACUACACCCGGUGAGAGCCUCCCUGAGGAACGUCCUUGCACUUCACCAUCUCCCGAUCGGUUGCCUCCUGUUGAUUUUGCCCUCGGGCCCCAACACGACGAUUGCGAGGCAGGCUCUCCCGGAUACUACGCGCUCAAGGAGGAAUCGCAAGACGAGGACGUGAAUGGACAGGAAUUAGGGAAUUUGUUCUUGAAGGAAGAAUGCCACGAGUUCAUUACGCCCGGUGAGAGCCUCCUCGAGGAACGUCCUUACACCUCACCUUCGCACGAUCGGUUGCCCCCUGUUGAUUGCGCCUUCGGGCCCUGGGGUCACGGUUACGACGCAGGCUCUCCCGGUUCCCCUCAUCUGGCCGAGAACAUUAUGGACGCCGUCGAUUCGUCUAUCGGCCGCCUCUCUCCUCCCAUCGCUGUCAAUCGAGUUCACGCUAUCGCUGCGGCUCCCGCCAACGACCCGCCCAUUCCGGUCGAUGCCGACGCCGACGAACUCGAUUUGUUGGGAGUUGCCACCGAUGACGUCAACGACACCCCUGUAGUCCAUCGGCCGCCUGAUCCACUGCCCCAACCCUUCCUCGACACCGUCAUCCGAGCAUACGCCAACGAUUCGCAAGCCCAGGUCAUCAUUACCGACCCGCUAUCAUGGCCUAUGUUUCGGGUGACCGAGGAAGGGAGGAUUUUGCGUGUACAUCCAGAUGAGUCUCUUUCCUUGUUUGUGCCUCGUGGUCUCGCUACUGGCGUCGUCAACUCCGACAAGGUCCCAUCGCUGCGCGAGCUCGUGCUUUCGGAGAUUCAUCGAAGUGUCGGGCAUGCAGGACAUCGCAUCACCUUGGCCGCCAUCCGUCCUUUGUACUGGUGGUCGUCCAUGUCUGCCGAUUGCGCCGAGUUCUGCCGUUCAUGUGAAGACUGUACCCGAGGCAAGGCGUCCACUCAAGUCCCCUAUGGCCGACUGCAUCCGAUGCCGAUCCCUUCUGGUCCUUGGGAACAAGUGGCCAUCGACUUCAUGACAGGACUGCCUCCGGUCGAGCUCGAAGGGAUGAUGGUUGCUCAAAUCAUGGUGGUCACUGACACUUGGGGCAAGAUGGUCCACCUGAUUCCCCUCCCAGCCGAUGCCGACUCGGAGCUCGUUGCCGAGAAGUACUACGCCACCGUCUUCCGACUGCAUGGGAUGCCUUCCGCCAUCGUUUCCGACCGUGAUCCCAAGUUCACCUCGCAGUUUUGGCGGGCAUUGCAGGCAAAGAUUGGCACCGUCUUGCGAAUGUCAACCGCGGCACACCCCGAGACGGACGGAUCGAGCGAGAAUCGGAUCAAGAUGGUCACCCAAACCCUGCGGAUCAUGGUCUCGUCAAACCACGAGGCUUGGGCAUCUCGUCUUGUUGAAGCUGAGUUCGCUCUUAACUCUUCUGUUGCUGUGUCCACGUCGCUGUCGGCUUUUGAGGCAACCUACGGCUACCUUCCUCGACGUUGGCCCUCGGAUUCCUGGUCUGUCUCGGACGUCCCUCGUGCGGAAGCGUUUGCUCGGAUCCGACAAUUACGGAACCUUGACGUGACGGAUGCGAUCAUUGGAGCACGCCUCAACCAGUCCCAUCAGGCCAACAAGCAUCGACGCCCAGACGACCCCGCCUUUCGGACCGGCAGUUACGUCUAUCUUUCGACAAAGAACCUGGCAGUUCCUGACGGCAUGAAGUCGAAGUUGUUGCCGCGCUACAUCGGCCCCUUCCGUAUCCGAGCGGCCAUCCCUGCGACGUCCAGCUACGACCUCGAGCUCCCUCCAGCGAUGUCGCGAGUGCACAAUCGUUUCCAUGCUCGACUGCUUCGGCCUUGCGUUGAGAAUGAUGCUGAAAGGUUUCCUGUGUGA